AGUGACAACAAAGUGAGUUGAGUUAGACACAUAGACCAGGAUGAAGGUUUUAGUUGUCCACAUCUGGGGUUUCUUACUGCUCCUGAACCAAAGAAACAGGAACAUGGCUUCAGCGCAGUGUUCAGGACCCCCAGUGCUCUGCUGUGCUGGACAGAAUAACGGAUGUAGCCGUGGGUGUUACUGUGAUGAGGCUUGCGUCACAAUCGGUGACUGCUGUCCUGACUACCAGCAGACGUGCAUUCAAUCAGCAAAUGCACAGCUCUCCUCACCAUCUUUAGCAACAACGACACCAGACUCACCAACUUUGUCACCCUCAUCAUCUUCAUUGCCAGAUCCUUCACCCUCAUCAUCUUCAUUGCCAGUUACUCCACCCUCAUCAUCUUCAUUGCCAGAUACUUCACCCUCAUCAUCUUCAUUGCCAGAUCCUUCACCCUCAUCAUCUUCAUUGCCAGUUACUCCACCCUCAUCAUCUUCAUUGCCAGAUACUUCACCCUCAUCAUCUUCAUUGCCAGAUCCUUCACCCUCAUCAUCUUCAUUGCCAGAUACUCCACCCUCAUCAUCUUCAUUGCCAGAUCCUUCAUUCUCAUCAUCUUCAUUGCCAGAUCCUUCACCCUCAUCAUCUUCAUUGCCAGAUACUUCACCCUCAUCAUCGUCAUUGCCAGAUCCUUCACCCUCAUCAUCUUCAUUGCCAGAUACUCCACCCUCAUCAUCUUCAUUGCCAGAUCCUUCAUUCUCAUCAUCUUCAUUGCCAGAUCCUUCACCCUCAUCAUCUUCAUUGCCAGAUACUUCACCCUCAUCAUCUUCAUUGCCAGAUACUUCACCCUCAUCAUCUUCAUUGCCAGAUCCUCCACCCUCAUCAUCUUCAUUGCCAGAUCCUUCACCCUCAUCAUCUUCAUUGCCAGAUACUUCACCCUCAUCAUCUUCAUUGCCAGAUCCUUCACCCUCAUCAUCUUCAUUGCCAGAUCCUUCACCCUCAUCAUCUUCGUUGCCAGAUCCUCCACCCUCAUCAUCUUCAUUGCCAGAUCCUCCACCCUCAUCAUCUUCAUUGCCAGAUACUUCACCCUCAUCAUCUUCAUUGCCAGAUCCUUCACCCUCAUCAUCUUCAUUGCCAGAUCCUCCACCCUCAUCAUCUUCAUUGCCAGAUCCUUCACCCUCAUCAUCUUCAUUGCCAGAUCCUUCACCCUCAUCAUCGUCAUUGCCAGAUCCUUCAGCCUCAUCAUCUUCAUUGCCAGAUACUUCAUCCUCAUCAUCUUCAUUGCCAGAUACUUCAUCCUCAUCAUCGUCAUUGCCAGAUCCUUCACCCUCAUCAUCGUCAUUGCCAGAUCCUUCACCCUCAUCAUCUUCAUUGCCAGAUACUUCAUCCUCAUCAUCUUCAUUGCCAGAUACUUCACACUCAUCAUUGCCAGAUACUUCAUCCUCAUCAUCUUCAUUUCCAGAUCCUUCACCCUCAUCAUCUUCAUUGCCAGAUCCUUCACCCUCAUCAUCUUCAUUGCCAGAUCCUUCACCCCCAUCAUCUUCAUUGCCAGAUACUCCACCCUCAUCAUCUUCAUUGCCAGAUCCUUCACCCUCAUCAUCUUCAUUGCCAGUUACUUCACCCUCAUCAUCUUCAUGGCCAGUUACCUUAUCUUCACAAACCUCAGCACCAUCAUCAUCUUCACAGUCAACAACCUCUCCAACAUCUUCAUCAAUACCCUCAUUAUCAGGCCAGUGUUCAGUACCCACAGUGCUCUGCUGUGCUGGACAUGAUAACUCAUGCUACCGUGGGUGUUACUGUGAUGAGGCUUGCAUCCUAAUCGGCGACUGCUGUCCUGACUACCAGCAGAUGUGCAUUCAAUCACAUUCACAGCCUUCAUCACCAUCUUUAGCAACAUUACCAUCAUCAACAUGGACGACACCACACUCGCAAACUUUGUCAUCCUCAUCAUCUUCAUUGCCAGAUACUUCAUCCUCAUCAUCUUCAUUGCCAGAUACUUCAUCUUCACAAACCUCAGCACCAUCAUCAUUCUCACAGUCAACAACCUCUCCAACAUCUUCAUCAUCAAUACCCUCAUUAUCACGCCAGUGUUCAGUACCCACAGUGCUCUGCUGUGCUGGACAUGAUAACUCAUGCUACCGUGGGUGUUUCUGUGAUGAGGUUUGCAUCCUGAUCGGUGACUGCUGUCCUGACUACCAGCAGAUGUGCAUUCAAUCACAUUCACAGCCUUCAUCACCAUCUUUAGCAACAUUACCAUCAUCAACAUGGACGACACCACACUCGCCAACUUUGUCAUCCUCAUCAUCUUCAUUGCCAGUUACUCUAUCUUCACAAACCUCAGCACCAUCAUCAUCCUCACAGUCAACAACCUCUCCAACAUCCUCAUCAUCAAUACCCUCAUUAUCAGGCCAGUGUUCAGUACCCACAGUGCUCUGCUGUGCUGGACAUGAUAACUCAUGCUACCGUGGGUGUUUCUGCGAUGAGGUUUGCAUCCUGAUCGGUGACUGCUGUCCUGACUACCAGCAGACGUGCAUUCAAUCACAUUCACAGCCUUCAUCACCAUCUUUAGCAACAUUACCAUCAUCAACAUGGACGACACCACACUCGCCAACUUUGUCAUCCUCAUCAUCUUCAUUGCCAGUUACUCUAUCUUCACAAACCUCAGCACCAUCAUCAUCAUCACAGUCAAGAACUUCUCCAACAUCUUCAUCGUCAAUACCCUCAUUAUCAGUUUGUAAUACUUGCACUGAAAAUGAGACUUGCCAGGAGAGAGAUGGUGUCUAUGGCUGUUGUUGCUUGCAAGGACAAAGACCAAAUCCUGAAAACUUUGAUGCUGUGGAGUCUUGUGCCAGCAGCACCGGCUCCAUAUCUCUAUCCCGCUGCCAGCUCUUCGAAUCUGGUUUUUAUCCUGAGCACCUGCACCUAAAUGACCCAAACUGCACAGGAACCCUCGAGGAUGGCAGACUUGUGUUUUAUUUCGACAAUAAAGGCCACGUAUGUGGUACCACUCUGAUGAGCAACAGGACUCACUUCAUCUACCAAAACUCCAUUCAGUCUAACCCGACGGACACUGACCACCGCAUCAUUUCAAGACAGAUAUGGAUGAACAUGACAUUUUCUUGUGUGUACCCUCUGAUCCAGACCAUAUCUAUGCCCGUGGCUUUCCGAGCCGAAGGCGGUGUGAUAAGUGAGGAACUUCCUGCUGGCCAGGGCACAUACCAGAUCCGCAUGAUUCCCUACCUUGAUGCAGAGUUUACUAGCCCAUAUGACGGAGAGGUGCAAAUCCAGGUGAACCAGCGGAUAUAUGUGGCUGUCGAGGUGGAAGGAGUGGAUAGAAACCAAAUCGCAACAGUUCUGGACAAGUGCUGGGCCACACCUGUUAAUGAUUCAGAAUAUCAUGUUCACUGGAAUCUGAUUAUCAACGAAUGCGCCAACCCUGAAGAUACCACAGUGGAAGUCCUUCAGAACGGUAUUGAUACAACAAGCCGUUUCUCCUUCAGGAUGUUCACCUUCUCAGGAAUUUCUGACCACUUCUUCCUGCACUGUCAGGUUCAUCUUUGCCUUGUACAAAAUGGCAGAUGUGCUCUGUUAUGCGACCGUGGAUAUAGAAGAAGAAGACACCGAUCUUUGGACUUCCUCCACUCUACAGCGAUCUCCAUGAGUCUGAAAGCUCAGUAACCCUGAUGAAUGAAAGAUCCUGUAUUUAUAAUCAAUAUGUUCAGCACUUUCUUUAAAAAAGUUUUGCAAGCACUUUUAAAUCUACAUUUUAAAGAAGCAAUCAUUAAUAACUAAAUGAUACUGAACUGAAAAAGGACUAUAAAAUUUAACAAAGAUUUUUUUUAACAAAAAUUCUUUAAAAAUCUCUCUAAUAACUCUCUGUAUACAUGUAUUGUUUUAUCGUUAUUGAGGAAGUGCUAUUCAAAACAAUAUAUACAAACUAAAUGAUUUUAGGUUGUUGGGUGAAUAUUGGGUUAAAUUUACUAUAAAUGGAAAAAAAAUUAAAUAAUACGCUGUCUAUCUUUCUCUUUGUUCAAGGGGGAAUCUUGUAAUACAAUAUACCUGACUAACAUUGAAUAAACCUGCUUAGAAAUGAA